AUGUUAAUUUUAGCAACAGUUUGUGAUCCGAAUAAUCAAGCAUGUAUGUAUGGCACUUGCCAACAAUGUCAAAGUCUGUAUUUAAUGCACGAAUCUAUCAAAGAUAAGGAAACAAUACAGUGGAAAGAAUGGGGAAGACUUGAAGAACAUUAUGAAAAAGACGGCAAAAAAGUUAAAGUUUACAAAAAUGUGCAGCAAGACAAGGAAGGGACAGUUCAAGAAUUAAUGAAAAUAUUUAACGAAGAACUGAAAGUAUUAAAGACACACAUAUACAAUAUGAAAACUGAGGAUAUAGAAAUCGUAACCAAACAACUUCCUCCUAAGAUUUCGCCUCUUAUGGGGACAUUAAAAGUUCAUCAAAUAUUUUCGGAUGUGCGAGAGGAAAUAAAAUACAGAACCCUCAGCUGCUUUUGUACAAGAGGUUUCUGUGAAUGUUUACAACCAAAAGUGUAUCUGCCUAUUUCCAAUGCUUCUGUUGCGUCUUCAGAUAAUACGACGGCUCUUCUUGCUGAAGAAGACAUCUGUGAAACCGAAAAAGAAAGCGAUGGAGUCACUAAUGUAAACGCUGAGCUACCAAGCAGUUCUGAUGAUGAAGUGCCUUUAAGCGAUAUUAUAAAGCGUAAGACGGUAUCAACACCCUUAAGUGAGAUUCAAUUAAUAGAUUUAUGCAAACCUGGGCGCAAAAAUAAAUGUUAUAAUUUUGUUUACAAUACACCUGAAGAACUGUCGGAAGACGAACAGCAAGACAAACAAGACGAGCAAGUUCCUUCCACUUCAUCAGGCAAAGAAAAUCAACCCGUACGCUGUGGCGAUUUUUUGAUUGUAAAUGUUCAUGCUACUAAAGGCAAGUUAUAUAAAUAUGCUUGUGUGGUGGACGAUUUAGACGAUGAUGGGGAAAUUAGAGUGACAUUUAUGAGAUCUGUUAAGCAAAAAAAGGUUUUUAUUUUAAAUAAUAGUGACAGAGCUGAUGUUGAUUAUACAGAUAUUGUUCAAAUUCUUCCUAAACCGACGACUUUUGAAAAACGAGGGCAGUUUUAUUACGAAUUUGAAAAGUGUAUUGAAGUUCACGAAAAGUAA